AUGUCAUGGUCGCGCGCGACAAAAUUCCUGUUUACUUUCCUAAUCCUGUACACAGGCAGCAAUCUCCCUUCCAACGAGCUCUAA